UCCUUCGUGGACAUGUGCUACUCGUCGGCCAUCGUGCCACAGAUGCUGGCCGUGCUGCUGGAGGGCGGGGCCUCGCUGUCCUACCCCCGCUGCGCCGCCCAGUUCUUCCUCUUCACCUUCUUUGGCUCCAUCGACUGCUACCUCCUGGCCAUCAUGGCCUAUGACCGCUACGUGGCCGUGUGCCAGCCCCUGCUCUAUGUCACCAUCAUGACCGAGAAGGCCCGCUGGGGCCUGGUGACCGGGGCUUACGCCGCUGGUUUCUUCAGUGCCUUUGUUCGCACGGUCACAGCCUUCAGCCUCUCCUUGNGCAACAACGAGAUCGACUUUAUUUUCUGUGACCUCCCCCCUCUGUUAAAGCUGACCUGUGGGGACAGCUACACCCAGGAGGUGGUCAUCAUCGUGUUUGCCAUCUUCGUCAUGCCUGCCUGCAUGGUGGCGAUCUUGGUGUCCUACCUGUUUAUCGUUGUGGCCAUCGUGAAGAUCCCCUCCGCGGGGGGCCGGGCCAAGACCUUCUCCACGUGCGCCUCCCACCUCACCACUGUGUCUCUCUUCUUCGGCACCCUCAUCUUCAUGUACCUUAGAGACAACUCCGGCCAGUCCUCGGAGGAUCGGGUGGUGUCUGUGUUCUACACAACAGUGAUCCCCAUGUUGAACCCCCUCAUCUACAGCCUGAGGAACAAGGAAGUGAAGGAGGCCCUGAGGAAAGUUCUCGAAAGAGCCAAGUUGUCCUGA